GUUUUCCUCUUCAGAUCUUGAGUGCAUAUUCACUGUUAUCUGCAAUGUUGUUACAAAGUCUGAAAGUCCAGAUGAAGCUCUCGAGAUGGCAAAACUUAUAUCCGCAAAGAUUACUCAGCAACCAAGUGACAAGCCUGCAUUGCGCUUAAAGAUCUUGUUCAAUCUGUACAACCUACUGGAGAAUCCAUAUAGCCGGUUCUUUGUCUACUUGAGUGCUCUAAAUUUGGCAAUCAAUGGAAAGGUCACUGAACAUGUCAUCCCUUCAUUCAAAAAGAUAGAAAGUUUCUUGAAAGAGUGGAAUAUUGGGGUCUCGGACCAGAGACAACUUUUUCUUACCAUAUCAAAUGUUUUAAGAGAACACAAAAGCUUGGCAAAGGAGUCUUUCAAAUUCCUGAGCAAGUACUUAGCUACUUUUUCUGGUGAAGAUGCAUAUAUAUUGAAUGAAGCCAAGGAGGAAGCUGUGCGCACAAUUGUGGAAUUUGUGAAGGCCCCGGACUUGUUUCAGGUAUUGUAGGGUCUUGUGGAAUUUCAAAGAUUAUGUGU